AUGGCUGACGAGUAUGCAGACUUGAAGCAGAUGUUGCAGCAGCAGCUGAAGCUGAUGGAGGCUUUGACCGUCAAGCUAUCCAAUUCAUCCAUGGGCCAAUCAAGCGCGGCUGGUGGUUCACAAUCUGUUGAUCACAUUGCCGGCAGCAUCACUGAAUUCCUGUAUGACCCGCAGGCCCAUAUCACCUUUGAGUCCUCGUACAAACGAUACGAGGACUUGUUCUCUGUCGAUCUGGCUGCCCAGGUCGAUGCAUGGAAGGUCCGACUUCUACUUCGCAAACUGGGUCCGGCUGAACACGAGCGUUAUGCAAACUUCAUCCUCCCCAAGAAUCCCCGAGAGGUCGCUUUCAAGGACAUGGUUGAGACGUUGUCGCAGAUUUUUGGUGAUCAAUCAUCCCUUUUCAACACUCGAUUUCAGUGCCUGCAGCUGUGCAAACGCGAUGCCGAUGAUUUCAUCACGUAUGCGGGCACUGUCAAUCGUGAGUGUGGGCGUUUCCAACUCGGUUCUCUCACUGAAAACCAGUUUAAAUGCCUUAUAUUUAUCUGCGGACUCCAGUCCCCCAAGGAUGCUGAUAUCCGGACACGUCUCCUGUCCAAAGUGCAGCAGAAUAACCCUACCACACUCCAAGAGCUGGCAGCAGAGUGCCAAACACUGAUCAAUCUCAAGCAGGACUCCGCAAUGAUUCAGAACCCGGCCUCAUCUUUCUCGGUCCAUACGGUCACAUCGACCAAAUCGCAUCCUGUUACACGGCCCAAGCAAGUGUACAAGUCGAGAUCUCCGCCAUCUCCUUGUCGGCACUGUGGCGCAUGGCAUUUCCACCGGGAUUGCACUUUUCGCCAGAAUCGCUGCCAAAGCUGUAAUCAGGUGGGACACCGUGAUGGGUUCUGCAAAUCAGUACCGGCUUCUGGAGGCAAGCCAGCCCCCGCCACUCCUAAUUCCAGGCACCGUUUCCGGCCAAAACGCAAGCCCAAACCCCAGUCCGUUGGUAAUUCUCUGAGUCUCUUGGCCGCUUUCCAGCUCAAUGCGUCUGGUCGUAGAAAAUUUGUUGAUGUCUUGCUCAAUGCCCAUGCAGUUCGUCUAUAG